AUGGCUCUAUUAAAUAUAAAAAAUAAUGCAAAUAUUUCAUUGCAUUCAAUGAGAUAUUCAGAUUUACAACUUGAUUAUAAUAGUGAUUCUUCUUCAAAUGAAGAAUCUCCUUUUUUUUCAGUUGGUGAUUUUUCUAAUGAACUUCAUAGUAGUUUUGAUGAUAUUUCAGAUUAUAUUUUAGUAGAUGAAUCAGACAUAAAAAGAGAAAGGUCAGAAAAUACUAGUAGCGAAAAUAACGAAACUACUUCAACAAAAGAUGUUGAAAUAAAAAAACACGAAAAUGUAAAAAUUGAAAAAAAAUUGAAAAAUUCCAAUUAUUUAGAGGAGAGUAAAAGCAACAGUGAUAAUAAUAAUGACAGUAAUAAUAAUAACAGUGAUAAUAAUAAUAGUAACAAUAAUAAUAAUAAUGUUAAUAAUAAUAAUAAAAAGCAAUGUUUUAGUAGAACAUUAGGAACAGAAGGUAGAAAAAGAAUGCUUAAAUUAUUAAGAAAAGCAUAUAAAUAUAAUGAAGAAUGCAAAUUAAUUAUGAAAAAUAAAAACCCUCCUCUAUCAAUAAGUUACUUACCUUAUUUUAAUUUAUCAAUGCUAUGGCAAUUAGCUGAAGAUUUUGGUGUCUUUAAUGAGGCUUUAAAAAUUCACAGAGAAUGCAUAAAAAAAAGAAAUUCUAAUGUUCGAUUUAGAUCUAAUGGGAAAACAUCAAAUAAUUAUAAUUUUCAAGAAUUAAAUAAAAAUGCAAAAUCAUCCAAAUCAGAGUAUAUGUCUGACUAUAUAGGCUCAAAUAUAGAUACUCAAACUGGAGAAGAUUGUGAAGUGGCUAAUACAACUUUGAACGAUGAUAUUCAAGGAAAAAGGAAAAGAAAGAAAAGUAGCAAUUAA